GAGUGUCCCGAGGAUCUAUCAGCGUCGCCCUGGAAACCAACGAGCACAGCCCGUUCACGCUCGUCACGGCAGGAUCAGUCUCAGCUGCGCCUCAUCAGCCGGCGUCCUCAUAAGCAGCGAGGCGCCGGCUCAAUGGGAGAGGCUUCUCUUCUGAGAAACAUACACUAACGUUUUCUCUCCUUUCUUUACCUCCCAGAAAGCAGCUGAAGACUGACCUACCCACCAUUCACUGGACCCACACGGAGCACUAGAGAGACUGAGAGCACGCUGCCUCACUACUUCACCCCACGUAUUAUUCUGGUUUUUUCUGCACAUUGUUAAAUAAAACCCACCCUCCGGGGCCAUAAAACUGAGUUUUCUGUCCUGUGUUUCUUCACCCCGUGACAGUUUGGUGGAGAAUGCAGGCGUGAUUAGUGAAGAAUUCACAGACAGAAGAAACUCAAAUCACUGACCCAAACUUUUUUCUCUCUCCUCACCAUGUCGGCGGCAACAGUGAUAGGCGUGCGCUCCUCCCGCGAGAUGGAACAGCUUCUACAACGGCUCACAGAGGUUAGCAUCCGCCAGCAACAGAUAGUGGAGCAUCUCGCCACCCGGCAAGGCGAGACUGAGCAGGAAGUCGCGGCUCUUCAAACCGCCGCCGCCCAACGCGCUCCGCUACAAGAUCCGCGGGCACAAGCUGCCCGUCUGCUGCCGAAGCUGACGCCCCAUGACGAUAUCGAAGCCUUCCUACAAAUGUUCGAAAUCACCGCCGUAGCUGAAGAUUGGCCGCAAGAAGACUGGGCGCGGGCGUUGGCACCCCUCCUCAGCGGAGAAGCUCAACGAGCUUAUUUUUCACUCCCGGCUCUUUCGGCUGAACGCUACGAGGAUGUAAAAAGAGAAAUACUCGGAAGGAUGGGUCUUUCGCCCGUAUGUGCUGCUCAACUCUUCGCUGAAUGGGAAUAUAAACCUCGUCUCCCCGCCCGUGCCCAGGUCGUCGAGCUCGCGCGGCUGGCGCGUCAUUGGUUGCUCGAAGGAAAUCCCUCGGCUGAACAAGUAGCGGAGCGUGUGGUGAUCGAUCGUUUGCUACGACUACUGCCUCGCUCACAUCGCCAAGCCGUUGGAAUGAGAAGCCCGAACAACCUCCAAGACCUCAUUGAGGCCGUCGAGCUGGCGGAUGCAACCCUACAGCGGGAUGCCGGGGAGCGAGCGCCGCCUUUUCCCCGGAGGGUGGUUCAGGAGCGACGCGCGCCGGAGGGCACACCGCGACCAUACAGCAGGCCGGCGGCUCCCUCCCCUCGCGACGAACCCAUGCCGACUGAAGCACCAGCGCCUCCUCCUCGAAGUUGGCUGGCAGGUUGCAUCGUGCACUCCGAUGUCCCAUCAGGAGCUCCCGAGGUGGAAAUCAAAAUUAAUGGAAAGACCUUCCGCGCCCUCCUGGACUCCGGCAGUGCGGUCAGCCUGGUACAGUCCCAUCUCCUUCCCCCCCGCGGGGACUCAAAAGCGGUAUUACCAAUCACCUGUGUACAUGGAGAAACUAGACAAGUCCCAGCCCGACGGGUUACCGUUUCGGCCGCCCCCGGCUCCUGGCCUCUGGAAGUUGGAUUAGUGAAGGAUCUCCCAGUCCCCGUGAUCCUAGGAAGGGACUGGCCAGGGUUUGACCGCCUGCUCGCGAGCACCACCCAGCCUGUCAGCCCCAGAGGGAGCCGCCCAAGAGGAAAGGCACGCCGAGGACCUCGCCCACGCCCCGCGCUGCUGGCCUCCGAUAGCGCAAGAGACGGUGAGUCCCCCUCUCAAUGCCCUAACGUCUUUUAUGAUGUCUUCCAGCAGGUGACCGGGGGGGGCUCAUUCGCCCGGGAGCAGCGGGAGGAUGACCGGUUGAAGCACUGCUGGACCCAAGUCCGCUGCAUUGACGGCCGCGAUGUCCAGCCAGCUCCUCAUCCCGUCCCGCACUUCAUGGUCCAGAAUGGCCUGCUGUAUUGUGUCGCACAGCGAAGGGGGGAGGAAAAACGUCUCCUAGUGGUACCCCGAGGUAAGACAGAGACGGUCCUGGAGCUAGCGCACUCUCAUCCUAUGGCCGGACAUUUGGGACAGGAGAAUACAGUUCAACGCGUCCGGGACCGUUUCCACUGGCCAGGACUGGACGCGGAAGUGAAACGGUUCUGUCAGGCCUGCCCAACGUGUCAACGGACCUCACCAAGGAAACCUCCCCCCUCUCCGCUGAUUCCUCUGCCCGUCAUCGACGUGCCCUUCGAGCGCAUCGGGAUGGACCUGAUAGGGCCGCUGCCGAAGUCUGCCCGGGGAUACGAACACAUCCUGGUUGUGGUCGAUUAUGCCACUCGGUAUCCGGAAGCUGUGCCCCUCCGGAAGGCCACCGCCAAGUCCAUCGCGCAGGAACUGUUCCAGCUGUUUAGCCGAGUUGGCAUACCAAAGGAGAUAUUGACCGAUCAAGGUACUCCCUUCAUGUCCCGGCUAAUGGCUGAUCUGUGCAGGCUGCUGCGGGUGAAGCAGUUGAGGACCACGGUCUACCACCCGCAAACGGACGGACUCGUCGAACGCUUUAACCAGACCCUAAAACGGAUGCUUCGACGGGUCACCGCGGAGGACAGACGGGACUGGGACCUGAUGCUGCCGUACAUCCUGUUUGGCGUCCGCGAAGUCCCCCAGGCCUCAACUGGCUUCACCCCAUUCGAGCUCCUAUUUGGCCGACAACCCCGUGGCCUCCUCGAUGUGGCCAAGGAAGCCUGGGAGCAGCAGCCUGCCCGUCACCGAUCUGUUGUCGAGCACGUCCAACAGAUGAGGGAGAAGAUCGAUCAAGUGAUGCCAUUAGUCCGGGAACAUCUGGUCCAGGCCCAGCGGUCCCAACAACGACAUUAUGACCGGGCAGCCCAACCACGGGUAUUUCAACCGGGUGAGCGAGUUCUGGUCCUAGUCCCCAACGCUGCUUGCAAAUUUCUCGCUACCUGGCAGGGCCCCUAUACAGUCCUGGAAAGGAUCGGGCCCGUUACCUACCGGCUGCGACAACCAGGCAGAAGACGCACCGACCAACUAUACCAUAUAAAUCUCCUUAAAAAAUGGAUCGGGACUAGAGACCAGCUCGCCGCCUUCAGCGCCACCGAACCCGUGGUGGUAGAUGUCAACCCCCACCUCUCGGCUGCCCAGAAGGGAGAGUUACAACACCUGGUCGGUCAAUUCUCCGAUGUGUUCUCGACCCUCCCCGGGCGGACCAACGUGCUACACCAUGACGUCCGGACACCGCCAGGAGUUGUCGUCCGACAGCGGCCUUAUCGGGUCCCUGAGGCUCGUCGGCAGGCUAUCGAGGACGAGGUACAACAAAUGCUGAAGUUAGGGGUGAUUGAACCAUCACGCAGCCCUUGGUCCAGCCCCAUCGUAAUGGUUCCAAAACCGGACGGCACCCUCCGGUUCUGUAACGACUUCAGACGCCUCAACGAGAUAUCCGAGUUCGACAGCUACCCCAUGCCUCGAGUGGAUGAACUUCUGGACCGAUUGGGACGGGCCCGGUACAUCUCCACCCUAGACCUGACCAAAGGAUACUGGCAGGUGCCGCUCUCCGAGGCUGCAAAGCCUAAAACCGCCUUCUCUACUCCUAGUGGCCACUGGCAGUACCGGACCCUCCCCUUCGGUCUCCACGGGGCCCCAGCAUCAUUUCAAAGGCUAAUGGACAUCAUCCUCCGGCCACAUCAGUCAUACGCCGCUGCCUACUUGGAUGAUGUCGUCAUCCACUCUGAGACAUGGGAGGAUCACCUCGAUCGGCUGCGGAGGGUGCUGACGGAGCUGCGGAGGGCUGGACUGACCGCCAACCCCCGAAAAUGUCAUUUGGCUCUAUAUGAAGCAAAGUACCUGGGCUACCAAGUUGGACGAGGACAAAUCCGCCCACAGGAAAAGAAAGUGGAAGCCGUCCGAACAACGCCCAAGCCCAAAUCCAAAACCCAGGUACGAGCAUUCUUGGGGUUGGCGGGAUAUUAUCGCUGCUUCAUCCCUAACUUCUCCUCUUUAGCCUCCCCCCUGACAGACCUGACCAGGAAGGGACAGCCGGAGAAGAUUCAGUGGACACCAGCAGCGAACGAGGCAUUUCGACGGAUUAAGGAUGCGCUCACCUCGGAACCGGUCCUGUGCGCUCCGGACUUUACCUGUCCCUUCCUGCUGCAAACCGACGCCUCAGAUUCCGGCCUGGGGGCCGUCCUCUCCCAAAUCCAGGGGGGAGAGGAACAUCCGGUACUCUACAUCAGCAGGAAGCUGACCCCAGCCGAGAGAAACUAUGCCACAGUAGAAAAAGAGGCCCUGGCCAUCAAGUGGGCAGUCCUGGAGCUGCGGUAUUAUCUCCUCGGCCGGAGGUUUACCCUGGUCACCGAUCACGCCCCGCUUCAGUGGAUGGCCAGAGCUAAGAACACCAACACCAGGGUAACCAGAUGGUUUCUUGCGCUCCAGGACUUCCACUUUGAUGUCAAACAUCGGGCCGGGGCCGCAAAUGCCAACGCCGACGGGCUCUCUCGGAUCUGGGCAGCUUUUGCAGGUCUGUCAGGUGUCACUCCCCACCCACCCCCUGUCUCUCCCCUACUAACUCAUAUCAUCCACAGGACCAGGACGACGCUUAGGGGGGGGGAGUGUGACGAGUGUCCCGAGGAUCUAUCAGCGUCGCCCUGGAAACCAACGAGCACAGCCCGUUCACGCUCGUCACGGCAGGAUCAGUCUCAGCUGCGCCUCAUCAGCCGGCGUCCUCAUAAGCAGCGAGGCGCCGGCUCAAUGGGAGAGGCUUCUCUUCUGAGAAACAUACACUAACGUUUUCUCUCCUUUCUUUACCUCCCAGAAAGCAGCUGAAGACUGACCUACCCACCAUUCACUGGACCCACACGGAGCACUAGAGAGACUGAGAGCACGCUGCCUCACUACUUCACCCCACGUAUUAUUCUGGUUUUUUCUGCACAUUGUUAAAUAAAACCCACCCUCCGGGGCCAUAAAACUGAGUUUUCUGUCCUGUGUUUCUUCACCCCGUGACAG